AAAGAGAAAAACGUCAAAGGACGCUGCAUGCGAGGAGAACAAAGCACGCAAGUCGUCAAGUCAAUCUUCAAACAAACAAAAAAAGAACAAAACAACACACACACCUUUCUAUAACACUACACACACAGUCCAACUCCAAAAGCCGUUCCAAUAGAAAAGAUAAACCGUAGAUGCCGUUGAGUUUUGACCGUUGAACAGUUGCUAGAAAUAGCCCAACUUGAGGCCGUUUGAACGCGGCCAAACGCCACAGAAAUUUGGUAAUUUUUUUUUUUUUUUGUUUACAUCUUUAACCUUUUGGUGAUUGCUUUCAUGUAGACAACAAAUGCCCUCCACAAAGCAAUCCAAAAAGCGCACCAAACAGACCCCUACAUCCGCACGCCGACACCCCUACCAACAGAAAGACAAGGACGCUGACCUGCGUGAUGCACUCGACUCACAACUGAAUGAUGUCCUAGCAGCAUUAUCGACCCAAACAAGUGUGAAAGAGAAGCGACGACAGGCGAUGGUGGAGGCAAAGAAACGGGGGGAAGCAAAGCAGAAGGAAUUCGAAAGGGUCGAGAAAGAGUUUGAGAAAGCUGUCGAGCUGUUGGGUGGGCUGUAAUCGGGUUUUGUCUUGUGUGUAUAUUUGUAAAUUAUUCCCCUUUCACAUUGUAAUAUACUGUAUGGUGGUCAAAUGGGUGCCCUUGUUUUUGCCAAUGCACUACAUAACAGAUACUCAAAACCACCCGAGUCUCCAAUACACAAAAAAAAAA